AUGCUUAGAUAUGGCAACAGUAGAGAAGAAUGUUCCUGUCGGUUAUUGCUAUAUUGAAGCUAUAUGUGUCGAUGACAAAUUUAGAGGGAAAGGAAUUGGCAAAGUACUCAUGGACGUUGUUGAAACAGAUGCAAGAAAGCAAAAUUGUAAAACUAUGUACCUAUUGGUGGUAUCAACAAAUCGAGCACUGAAUUUAUACUCUCGUCAAGGAUAUGUUAUUACAGAAAAUAAAUCUUGUUGUUUGAAAUGCAUGAUAGGUGAAAAGAAAGCGUCCAGAAUGGAUAAACAAUUGUGA